GACUCCGUGCAGGAGAUGAACAUGGCCAAGACCAGCCAGGUGGUGGCCACUUUCCUAGAUGAGCUGGCCCAGAAGCUGAAGCCCCUCAGGGAGCAGGAGCCCGUGAUCCUGGAGCUAAAGAAGGCCGAGUGCCAGAGGCGGGGCCUGCACUUUGACGGGCCCAUCAACACCUGGGACCUGCGCUACUACAUGAACCAGGGAGAGGAGAUGCGCUACCACGAGGACAAGUACCUGCUCAGUGAGUCCUUCCCCAUGCAGGUGGUCACGCGCAGGCUGCUGGGCAUCUCCCAGGAGCUGCUGGGGCUGACCUUCGACCUGGAGGAGGGCGCCAACGUGUGUCACGAAGACGUGAGGCUCUACACGGUCCGGGACGCGGCCUCGGGCAAGGUAAUCAUCGGCAAGUUCUACCUGGACCUCUACCCUCGGAAACGGAAGUCCGGGCACGCGGCCUGCUUCGGUCUGCAGCUGGGCUGCCUGCGGCAGGAUGGGAUCCACCAGAUCGCCAUCGCGGCCAUGGUGGCCAACUUCACCAAGCCCCCGCCCGACCCGCCCUCCCUGCUGCAGCACGAUGAGCUGGAGACCUACUUCCACGAGUUCGGGCACGUGAUGCACCAGCUCUGCUCCCAGGCCGAGUUCGCCAUGUUCAGCGGGACGAACGUGGAGCGGGACUUCGUGGAGGCACCUUCGCAGAUGCUGGAGAACUGGGUGUGGGAGGUGGAGCCGCUGCUCAGGAUGUCCCAGCACUACCGCACGGGCAGCGUCGUCCCCCAGGAGCUGCUGGACAAGCUCAUCAAGUCCCGGCAGGCCAACACAGGUGCGGCCGGCGUGGACCCCAGAGCCCUCAGCUCUUCCCGCUCCUGGUCCAGCAGGACGGGGUCCCUGCGGCACCCUGGACGGGCGGGCAAUGGGCAGCCCGGCCCCUCCCGGGAGGCAGCCUCAUGGGGUGGGGAGGGGGGCGGGCACGGCGAGCAACCCAUGGUCGAGCGCGUCACCUCGGUGCGUGGCGUGGGGCGCCGUGGCUACACGCUUCUUGAUGGCCGGGAUCAGACGCAGCUCUGCCACCAACUGGCUGGGUCCCCGGAGGCCGGUCACUGGACCCCAUUGUCCCUGUUCACCCUCUGCAACGUGCGUGACCCGAGGACCCCCUCACAGGUGGUCGUGAGGGCUGACCGAAAAGUGACAGACGCGGUGAACGCGGGUACCAGGCCCGACCCAGGGCUCAGCGACAGCUCUUGUUCCUCAGCACAAACGCUGUUCCGCUUCGGCCGGUGCUGUGCCUUGCGGUGGAGGAAAGCGGGACGCAGAGGACUGUGGGACUCCGGCAUCCAGGGUGGGGCCCGGGCAGGUGGGCCCCGAAGUCCUCCGGAGCAGCGGGCACAUGGAGCUUCGAGGCUGGGGGAGAAAAUCAAGAGCAUCAAGAAGAAACUGAGUCUCCUGUGCCUCGACUUCAACAAGAACCUGAACGGGGACGUGACCUUCCUGCCAUUCACGCGCGAGGAGCUGGGGUCCUCCCCCACCUGA